AUGCCUGAGGAGCAGAAGAUUUUGAGGCUACAGGAUGUUUGGCGUACUUGCAACAAAAUACGUGCAGCUAUAUUUCGCGUAGGGUUUAACUUAUGGAAAUAUUACAGACCUCUAGAUCCCGACAAUAAUUGUUUAAUUUCAGAAUCGAAGUUUGUUUCCGUGUUGGCUGGCCCAUUGAAAGAUACAAUUGGUUUAUCUGACAAAGAAAUUUGCGAUUUGGCUGAUUAUUUUCGUGUUCAAGAUGGCAGGAUCUUUUAUACGCAGUUUUGUACAAUUAUUCACGAUAGUGUCCCCGAAUUUGAUAAGAAUAAACCGUCCGUAACCGGCUUGGAAUGGGAAGAUCCGGAACACGUAAAUCGGCUGAGUCCAACCGAAUAUCGAAAGUUAUGCCUUAUCGUUACUCAAAUAGCUAUACUUGUCAACAAAAGGAGGCUCGUGUUAAGGCCUUACUUUCAAGAUUACGAGCUGAUUGCGAAAAAUGCCGGUACAGUGACUUUCUCGCAUUUUGGACGAAUCUUGAAAUUCAUAGGCGUCGUCCUCGCCUCCGAUGAGUUCUGCUUGCUCGUAAAAAGAUUCGCGAAAGACGCCUACACGAUAAAUUAUGUGGCGUUUUUACAGGCGAUCGACGAAGUACAAUCUUACUUGGACAAACACGGGAUGCUAUCUCUCGAUGGAGAAUUACUCGAUCAGUUCCCGGGUCGAAUAAUUACGGCGGAACUACCAAAAUACCCUCGACCGGAAGUGGGUAAAAUCCAGCCUAGCAAAGUAUUUGGAAAGCAAGCUGUAUUUCAUCCAGUGAUGGAAGAGUCUAAAGAUUUAAUGCCUUUGAAGGAAAUCAUUCAACGCAUUCAAAGACACAUUCUCGAGACUCGGAUGCGUAUUUCUGAAUAUUACAAGAGAUUCGAUCAUUUGAAUGUCGGAAAAGUGACGAUUUCUCAAUUUAAAAGAGGCUUAGAUGGUCUUCAGAUUUCUACUCUAGGACGUUUGUACCUAGCAGAACCGGAAAUCGACGCACUUGUUACUCUGUACAAAGACCCAAACGAUCCAGAUCGUGUCUGUUGGCGUACAUUUCAAGAUGAUAUCGAUCAAGUGUUUACUGUCAAGGAACUCGAAAAAUUGCCGAAUUUGAGAAUCGAAUCUCCGCCAAAAGAAAUAGCAGAGUUGAGUCGAAGGGGAACGAGUGACUGGCAAUGCGAGAAGAAAAGCAUGAGAGAUCUUUGCGAAGAAGCGUUACAAAAAGUUCGGAACCGUGUCAAGGAAAGGAGGAUUUUGAUGAAGCAGUUUUUCAAGGAUUACGAUCGACAUAACAAUGGACAUGUUACACGAUCACAAUUGCGACAAAUCUUAACGACCGUGACGGUAUUGAUUUCUCCCGAAGAGGAAUUCGCAUUGGAGCAGAGAUACAACGAUGAUUUAGGUUUUAAUUACAUUUGGUUUUUAAAAGAAUUAGAAUCGCAUCCGGUUGAGAAACCUCUGUAUGACUCUAUGCUGGAAGAGAAAAGGAAAAUUAAUGCUGAGAAACCGCCACCGGAACCCGAUUCCGAUGAAACAAAUAUUGUCUUAAUUUUAGCUAAAAUCAAAGCGAAAAUCGUGCGCGAAAGAACGAAGGUUACCGAAUUUAUGCGCCAAUACGAUACUCAUAAGCAACUCGUUAUAAAAAGAUCAGAAUUUAUGCGAGGCCUCGAUCAACUGCGUUGCAAUUUGACUUGCACAGAAAUGGGAACGAUUAUGAAUGUUUUCCAAGCGCCCCUAAGAGCAAACUACGUGGAUUACGUGAAAUUCGGUGACGCGGUCGAGGAGGCUGUUGCCACAGGAAGCUUAGAACGAGCUCCACUUUUAGUGCCUGUGCAACAUGUGCCGUCGGAAGCUUCUCCGAAAACGUUCUUAGAUUUCGAUGAGAGGCAUAUGGUUACGGCGGCAAUGGACAAGCUGUCUAGAGUUCAGCAACCGAACCUCGAAGAGUUGUUCAAGGACUACGAUAGGGAAAAUAUCGGCACGGUUUCGAAAGUCUGCUUGAUCAAAGCUCUUUCCGUUAGACGUAUGUUACAAUUGAUCAGCAACAGAGAAUUGGACGCUGUGCACAAAUGUUUUUCCGUCGAAAGAGGCGGCCGAUUGGAAAUCGAUUAUCGAGCAUUUCUGCGAGCUUUGCACCUCAUGCGAGAGAAUAGGAAAUACGUGCAUUUCUAAAUCUGUAUAUUGGAACAAUCAUGAGUAAAACAAAUAUUACGGAGUGUUUCAACACAGAGAAUAUUACCUGCUGCCAUUACGUGUAUACGUACAUAUUUUCAUGUCUAUUUGUAAACGUUUACCUUGAUGCAGUUUGUUCCUGAAAGAAUGAUUAAUUAUUAUCUAAUUAUUUUUUAUUAAUAAAUAUCUUCGUAGCAAAUGAAGAACUGCAUACUUUAAUGGAUUAAGGGUAAUGCUAUAGUUGUUACA